AUGCGCUCUCGAACUGGAUGUCUUACUUGCCGUCAGCGCAAGCUGAAAUGCGACGAGAAGAAACCCCAUUGCGGGCAAUGCACCAAGGCCUCAAGAGAGUGCAUCCCCAGUUCAGGGAUAGUGUUUAGACAUCAACAUAAUGCCUCCAUGAAUGGUGACGACUCCGGCGAUGAGAACUCGCUCAAGGGCUUUUAUGCCUACAAGAACACAUUUGACGAGGACACCAUUUGGAUGGACAUCCCACGGAAUAUUACCUUUAUCAAUACUACAAACCCCUACCUUGACCCGGGCACGCCAGAGUUCGACAGUCUAUCAAUCGCAUCCACAGAGUCUCCAGGUCCAUUUGAAACUCGGUCCCUCGUUGCAUGGCGGUCACAUAGCAACGGCCACUCGAUCACGAGCACACCAUCAAGUAUGGGCAUCGACAUGGCCCCGACGAGCAUACCCAUGAGCUUCACGCCAGAGCUCGAACCUGUACCAUCACUUAUGCAGUCGCCUCCAACAUCUACAGUAGGAACACCUGGCUCAACACGGGCUACACUUUGCAAUCGCCGUAUGAACUCCUUCAUGGAAUAUCCGACUGCGUCCCCACCCCCAAUCGAUCCACGGUUAACUUCAUCAUACGAUUCGAGCGAGUACAUGCGCCGCACAAGUUCACUCUCUGGUUCGCGACGGUCUCCAUCACACAUGGAGCGAGAUGCACAGUUAGAGAAAGACCACGAAAUUGCCUUUCUUUUACGUUGGUUUUCCGAGGGACCUGGCUAUUGGAUGGACCUGUUCGAUCUCGGAACAUAUUUUGCGUCCUAUGUACCGGUCAAAGCAAGAGAGAACCCUUUGCUCAAGUAUGCAGCAGUUGCUUGUGCGGCAAAGGCACUUGCCCGGGUAUCAGGUCGCAAGCCUGUCAUGGGAGGUAGUGUGACCCGUCAAGCUUGCCUGGAAUUAUAUCCUGACGCUCCCCUAGUUGACUGGAAACACAAGGCGGCCAUAUACUACGACUAUGCUGUAUCCCUCCUUUUACAGGCUCUGAAGCAAGACACCACUCCUGCACCAGACGAGUCGGAUUGUGAAUUCAGACAGCUCAAUGAAUACCCAGUGCAUGGAUUCGAUCGGUCAUCGCCAAGGAGGUGCAGGACUUCGAGCAACGCAUCGUUUGUUUCUUCUACCGAUGAGCUACUGGCAGCUUCUGCCAUACUUUGCGUCUACGAGUUCCUUGACACAUCCGUCUCUGAGUGGGCCAAGCAUCUCAAUGGUGCCAAGUCGCUUCUAGUACUCUCGCAAGAACGUUGCUCCACACCACAUUCAUGCACAUCCUCAGCCAGCCAAAGUUUCAUCUCAAAGGCCCGCAGGGCUACGUUCUGGAACAUUGCCAGACAGGAUAUGCUUGCUGCUUUCAUCAACAAGACUCAUACUCGACUGGAUACUGAAGACCUCACACUCUGGAAAGAGGCCGGACUACUGAUUGACAAUCAAGGUUUUAUUGUUCCCAACAACGCCACGGAGAAUGGAUACAUCGAAGACGGAGCGUCCAUGAUGCGAGAAGACCUCAUCUGCAACUCGCUAGUCUGGCUCAUGUCCAAGUUGGUCAACUUCAUGGCAGCUGGAGACGAAAUCACUAGCGAUGCGACAGUCUUUGGCGUACCACAGCGGGCUCUGCUGGACUACUGGCAUAGCCUCGAGAAGCAGUUCCAAGUCUGGCACGAUAGACUACCAGUGACCUUCAAGCCAUCGGCUAGGGUGGAGCCCUCGCAGAUGCCGCGCCAAUUCCUACAAGGCGACAACAGCGCUUCCUUUACUGAGGUCUGGUACAGCAUCCCCAUGUGCGCGUCGACGAUGCAGACGUAUCACAUGAGCCAAAUCCUGUUGUUCAUGAACAAGCCGCACGAGUCGACCCAAGGACGCAGUACCAUCUGUGCACGCAUGAAUUCCUACCAGUCCGUUCUGGCCGCGUGUCAGAAACACAGCCGUGAAAUCGUCGGAAUCUCACUUGCCCGGUCAGAUGAGGCAGUGCGAAUCCACUCGAUCCAGCCCUUGUUCACUGCAGGCCAGUGUCUUAGUGACGCUCGAGAGCGCCAGGUAGUCCUGCAGCUGCUUCGAGAUGUCGAAACCGAUAUUGGCUGGGCUACCGACUAUAGGGUGCGGCAGCUAGUCGAGCAGUGGCAGUGGGAAGAACACCAGGAGACCCUUGCGAGCUGA